AUGUUUUGGUGCAAGUCGACAUUCGUUACACACUUUGCCGCGGAUGACUGUCAACUCUUUCCGACGCAGCAGAAACUCUUUGACUUUAUCGACGCGCAGAAUGAAGAGGAGGGGCAACAGGCGCAUUCCGCACCAAAAUGGCUGCCGUUCAGUAUCGAGCUCCCCUCAGAGGAAGAGGUGGUGCGUGAGUUGGCGUCGCGGUCGCUCCGUGCAUCUGCGGCGGCGAUUCCCACUCAUUCCGGUAGCGGUGGUGCACGUGGCAGGCUGUUCCGCAAACGGCCUUUGAGCAUGCAUGGGGAGGACACGCGGAAGACUGACGAUGAGGCCAAAUAUUUUUGCGAGGGGAAACGUCAACGUCGGGUUGUGCUCCGGGAAGAUUACGCGGUGUUUUAUGGCGUCACGCCGCUCUCCUCGCAGACGAGAAUGUUUCUUGCGGCAACCGUCAAUGGUCUGGCGCGUGUGGUGCGAGAGAUUGAGCCACUGCAGCAGCACUUGUAUGAGGUGAUACGCGAGGGAGCGCCAUGUCACAUGUACCUUGACGUCGAGCGCGAGAAGGAUUACUCCGCAUGGCUUCCCGUCGUAAGCGUUGUGGAUGACGACAGUGAAGAGAACAGGGUUAUAUACGAGUGCCGGAGGGCAGAGGAGUAUUCGGCGGCCUUGUCAACAGCCCUAUGGAAACCGCCGCGUUGUUGUGCGUGGAACUGCCGACUGCGCGCUGACAACAGUGAGACGACGACGGUACUGCUUACAGAGCUCCGCCGGUUUCUUUGCAGCACAUACCCUGCAUUGGUGAAAUCACGUGACUCGGAGAAUCAUGGUGCCUUUGAAGAUGAGGAUGACACUGUUCUUCCAACUGAUGACAACAGUACGGCAGCACCGCUGGGGCCUGGCGUAGAAGUGAUGGUAAUGCGGUCUUUGGACGCGACGGAAAAGGAGGGUGGUCGGGGUGGGAAGUUCUCGCAGCACUACGUUGUGAAGUUUGGUGGACAGUGGUUCAACAGCAACGCCGACGUCGGACGAAUUGUGGGGCAGUUUGUGGAGUACUUGUACGAGCGGGCGGUGGCGGACCCUUGUGUGCACGUCGCACUCUUCUACCAUGAUUCACCGAAGGAUUUUGCCGUUCUGCCUCCGUCUCAGCCCUCACGACACCUGCCUUUUCUUCCACUUCGGUGCGUCAUCGACACCGCCGUGUACAGUCGAAACCGCAUGCUGCGCUGCCUCGGGAGUUGUAAGCUGCACAAGAGAAGCAUUCUCACGGUGGAGCGAAAUGUUUCCGCCAACUUCCCCACUGGAACAAUCCCGACGACGGCAGACAGAGUGGCACUCUUUUUCGACUCUCUUGUGACCCUGCAGGUGGGGCACCGGGAAGUGAUUUUAGUUCCGGCACCAACUAUUAGCACCUUUGGAGCGGCUUCGUCAAAUGAGGGUUGCAAAUACGGCAGCGGAGAGACUCAGUUAACGAAGGACGUCGAUAGAGCGCGCUAUGACGCCCUGGCGGAGCACGUGGCACGGGAAUGGAGCAUUGUUGGUGGGGUUCCUUGCCGAGUGAGUAGUGUGCGUCAACGCGGUGGACGGUACCUGUUUUUUCUGCUCGAUGGGUCACGCUACUGCAGUAACGUGGGACGGCAGCACCUCUCGAACAAUGUCUACAUCACCGUCGACUUGCAGCAGCGCGUGUGGGUGCAAAAGUGCUUUGACCCUGAUUGUGCCUUGUACAGGUGUGCGCCGCGGGCGAUCCCUGACGAUGUUUGGUCCACAAACAGGCACGACUGGACGAGUGAGACGCCAACAGCAGCUCUUGCAUCCCAUGCAUCGUUGCGGACAAUAUUUCAGCCACCAAGAUAA